CUGAUCAACGAUGAAACAUGGAGCGGGUUGGACAUUGAUGUGAAGGGGGAUAUCUACGAAGGGUUGUUGCAGAAAAACGCAGAAGAUAUCAAAAGCGGCGCGGGCCAAUACUUCACACCCCGGCCCCUGAUUCAGGCAAUCGUGGAAGUGAUGAGACCGGAACCGAUGCAAACCAUCUGUGAUCCCGCGUGCGGCACCGGUGGCUUUUUUCUCGCAGCCCAUGACUAUCUGGCAAGUAAGAGUGCCCAGCUUGACAGAGAACAGAAGCAGUUUCUCAAAGACGGGACCUUUCACGGCGUGGACCUCGUGGACAGUGUGGUGAGGCUCUGCGUGAUGAACUUACACCUUCACGGUAUCGGCGGAGACAAGAGUCCUGUGGAAACAGGGGAUAGUCUGAUUUCGGAUACGGGUCAGCAUUUUGACAUGGUGUUGACGAAUCCGCACUUUGGCAAGAAGAGUAGCAUCACGAUUGUGGAUGAAAAAGGGGAGGGCGGGAAAAACGCGCUCACCUAUGAGCGGGAGGAUUUUUGGGCGACUACCUCCAACAAGCAGCUUAACUUCCUGCAGCACGUCAAACGAUUCUGGAAAUCAACGGCAGGGCGGCGGUUGUCGUGCCGGAUAACGUCCUGUUUGAAGGGGGCGCGGGGAACCGUUCGUAAGAAACUGCUACACGAGUGCGAUGUCCAUACGCUGCUCCGACUCCCAACGGGCAUCUUUUACGCGCAAGGUGUCAAGGCAAAUGUGCUGUUCUUCGAUCGCAGACCCGCCAGCGAAACCCGUGGACAGAGAAACUGUGGAUUUACGACCUACGACCAACCAGCGAUUCACGCUGAAAACGAAACAGAUGCGCUACAGCGACCUUCACGAUUUCACCACCUGUUACAAUCCCGACGACCGCCACGAUCGGAAAGAGACCGAGCGGUUUAA